UGGGCGGGGCCUAGCCACCGUUUCCUGUUGUAUCGUCACCGUCCUCUCAUGGACUGACUUGUUUGUUGUCGAGCAAGAUGGAGUUCCUCCUGGGGAAUCCUUUCAGUACGCCGGUGGGACACUGCAUCGAGAGAGCCACCGAUGGCUCGUUGCAAAGCGAAGACUGGGCCCUCAACAUGGAAAUCUGCGACAUCAUCAAUGAAACGGAGGACGGGCCAAAGGACGCCAUCAGAGCCGUGAAGAAGAGACUGGGAGGCAACAGGAACUACAGGGAGGUGAUGCUGACGCUGACGGUUCUAGAGACGUGUGUGAAGAACUGUGGUCACCGUUUUCACGCCCUGGUCACCAGCAAGGACUUUGUGGACGGCGUGCUGGUUAAAGUCAUCUCUCCUAAAAACAACCCGCCCACCAUCGUUCAGGACAAGGUGCUCGCCCUGAUCCAGGCGUGGGCCGACGCCUUCAGGAGCAGCCCAGACCUCACAGGUGUGGUCCAGGUGUACGAGGAGCUGAAGAGGAAAGGCAUCGAGUUCCCCACGUCGGAGCUGGAGACGCUGUCGCCCAUCCACACGCCUCUGCGGGCGGCGCCGGCUCCAGAGGGAGACUCCGCCCUCAGGUGCAGCACCAAGGCUAAAGCGGCGCCGCACUCGGUCCCCCCCGCCUACAGCAGCCCUCAGGCCCCCGACCUGCACGCCUCCGGCUCCAUCAACCCCACACCUGAACAGAUCAGCCGGCUGCGCAGCGAGCUGGACGUUGUCCGUGGCAACGCCAAGGUGAUGUCAGAGAUGCUGACGGAGAUGGUGCCGGGCCAGGAGGACGCCUCCGACUACGACCUGCUGCAGGAGCUGAACCGGACCUGCAGAGCCAUGCAGCAGCGGAUGGUGGAGCUCAUCUCCUGCGUCUCCAACGAGGCGGUGACCGAGGAGCUGCUGCACGUCAACGACGACCUCAACAACAUCUUCCUGCGCUACGACAGGUAUGAGCGGUUCCGAUCCGGCAGGUCCUCGGCUCAGAGCGUCAACAACGGGCUGACAAAGGUCCUGAGUGAGGCCACAGAGGACAACCUGAUCGACCUGGGUCCAGGCUCCCCCGCGGUGGUCAGCAACAUGUCCAACGCUGCCCCCGCUGCAGGGAGACCCUCGUCCCCGGCCACCCUGGCCUCCCGUCUGGCUGGUUUAGACGUGGGUGCAGACAGCGUGAGCAGCACCCUGAGCUCGCUGAGCGGCGCCAAGCCUCCGCCGGCCCAGGACGACUUCGACGUCUUCGCUCAGACCAGGAGCGGCGCUCUGGCCGAGCCGCACAGAACUCCUGCAGCAGAGAACCCGGCGGCCGGAGACGGGCCCCCCCCCACGCUGGACGUCCAGCAGCCGGCAGCAGGAGGGGGCCCGGGACGUCAGUCCUCUGUCAUGGAUGACAUAGAGGAGUGGCUGAGUACCGAUGUGAAGGGAGAUGAAGGCGAGGAAGGAGUCACCAGUGAAGAGUUUGACAAAUUCCUGGAGGAGAGAGCCAAAGCUGCCGAGGUGACCCCCGGCCUGCCGUCGCCCCCGAGCAGCAACCCCGGCGCCGCGCAGGCCACGCCCAGCAGGAAGAAGCAGGAGCGACCGGAGGACGCCCUGUUCGCCAUGUAGACCCCCCCCCCAGCCUCAGACCCCAGAACGGACUCGCCUGCCACCCACCGACCCAUCAUAGCACUACAUCUCCACAGGAGCAGACUGGUAGCAGAAAGGCUGAACAGGCAGCGCAUCACAGGAGGCCUGGAUCCUCAUGGAGCUUCAUGCUGCAGAUCAUCCUACAAUCACUACAGCAGGACGUCCUUUUCUCAUCAGAUCAUCACAAUCACUACAGCAGGAUGUCCUUUUCUCAUCAGAUCAUCACAAUCACUACAGCAGGAUGUCCUUUUCUCAUCAGAUCAUCACAAUCACUACAGCAGAACGUCCUUUUCUCAUCAGAUCAUCACACUCACUACAGCAGAACGUUCUUUUCUCAUCAGAUCAUCACAAUCACUACAGCAGAACGUUCUUUUCUCAUCAGAUCAUCACAAUCACUACAGCAGAACGUUCUUUUCUCAUCAGAUCAUCACACUCAC